AUGACUCACGGGAUCCCGUCGUACCUAACGCCGGGACACUAUCCUUAUGCAAGCUACAGCGGUCAGGCGUCGUAUCACUUCGGCGCGCCGUUUCCCCCCAUGUACGGCGCGCCCAUGCACAUGCAGCUUCCGCCGCACAUGACCUCGCACGCGUCCGCGCACGCAGCGGCGCACGGAGCAGCGCACCCAGCGGCGCAUCCAAGCUACGGGUUCCCCCUUCCGCCGACCGCUCGACAUCAUUCAACUCGCCAUGCCGCCGCAGCAUCAGGACCCACGAAGAGACUCCGCCGCACCGGCCGAUCCGAUCGCGCCAGCAUGGGUCACAUCCCGACGCCUUUUUUCAACGGCGACAGUGCGGUAGAUGUCGAGAUCGACGGUGGUGAUGAGCCGGCGGGAGGCGAUAACGCGGGUUUCGCCGGCAGCGGUAGCGGCGGCGAUCCUUUGUUCGACGAGCUAUCUUGGGGAUUCCCUGAGCUUGAGUUCAAACCAAAGCUUGACUCCGCGGCGGUGGCGACUACAGAUGUGCGAAACGCCGACUUGCGAUUAUCUUUGGAACCGACUGCGAUUUCUGAUCACGCGCCGCACAUGACCCACGAUGGCGCGUACUACUCGGAAUACUACCCGCAUCCGGCGGCGGACUAUCCUCCAAUGGCGAGCCCCUAUCACGGGGCUUACUACCAACCUCAUCCAUCUCAUCAUCCUCUCUACAGUCAUCACCUCUACAAACAGCGGCACGCGGAAGCCGCAGCGAUGGCGAGGCAAGCGCGAGUAGCGGCGACAAGGGAGGCGCUCGCUGGGAGAAUCGGCGCGCAACCUAUCGCAGGGCGAAGCUCGCAAUCGGUCGCAGGACGAAACGUGAAGUUGCCGGGUGUCGCACAGGCGAAGGCGACGGGGAAGAGAAAGGGGGGAGACAGAAUCGCGGACCCGAAGACGCUCGGCGGAAGUUUGGAAUUCGAGGAUCAUUUCGAUUUCGCCGCCGCCGUCGCGGCGAACGAGCCGUGUGCUGUCGUCCCGUCGCGCGCUGAUCGCGCCGCUUCUCCCGCUGACCUACUCGUGCCAUCGUCCCCGUCCGUGCCGUUGCUACCCGCCGCUUCCGCCGAAACUGCUUCUGCAUUUCCAGCUUCCUCGCGCCAUCCGUCGCUCUCCCUCGCUGCGGACCGCGACGGCCCGUGUGGUGUCGGCAUUCAUCCUCUCCCUAGAGACCGCGAGGAUGCGACUCCCGCGGUUUUAUUCCCGCCGCCGGUUCCGCGUAUGGCUGCUGCGGUUUCAUCCCCCGUCGUGCCUUCCGCUGCUGCGAGUAUUCCCGCGACAGUCGAUCCGAAGCGGAGAAGGUUGCUCCGCAACAGAGUCAGCGCUCAACAAGCUAGAGAGAAGAAGAAGUACUACAUUAAUGGGUUGGAAGGGAGAGAAGCAGCACUGAUUGCGGAGAACGAGGCGUUAGAGGCUACGAUUGCUGCGCUUACUAAGGAGAAUGCUGAGCUGAGAGCGGCGCCGAGGCUGUCAGGCGGCCGGCGGAGCAUCAUCCGCGCAUCCGGGGGGGAACCGGGAGGCGCGGGGAAGAGCGCAGAAGGGGCGGAGGAGCGCGCGGGGCCAACGGCGGAGACCUCCCCGCUGGUGCGCUUCGCGUGGUAUGCGUCAGAGGCGUUCGGGAAGGCGGUGGCGGCGGUGCGCGGGGGGGAGGCGGAAGGCGGAAGGGGGAAGGGCGCGACGGCGGAAGGGGAGCCUGCGGUGGUUGAGCGCGACGCGGCGAUUAAAGCGCUCAGGGAGGACUAUGACAAGUCAUACUUCGUGACAGGCGAGAUGACCAUGUGGUUGUACGAACCAGAAUGCGAGUUCGCUGACCCGUUCGUGUCGUUCAACGGUCGAGAUCGCUUUAAGCAGAACGUGUCCAACCUUGGGUCGUUCAUGGAGGAAGUUUCCUUGAAGAUUCUCGACUGGCAGGAGUCAGAGGGUACAGUUACCACCAAGUGGAGAUUCAGCUGUGUACUGGGCCUGCCAUGGCGCCCCAUUCUUGCUGCAUCCGGGUCGACAGACCAUUUCUUCAGUGAAUCAACAGGAAAAAUAUACAAGCACGUGGAGCGGUGGGAUAUUUCCCCUGCAGACGGUGUCAAGCAGUUGCUCAAGCCAAACCCUAAACUCAAAAAGCGCUAG